GAUUGUUUUUCAGGGCUAGCUGUGUAGAUUUGACACGUUUUUUUCGUGACACGCUUGCCGCUAGAGACGCGCCCUGAGACACCCAAGCAGCAUGUAGAAGCAUUGGGAUAGUACUUCUCUGGUCGCUGGUUCUUAUUCUGCUUGCUUGUUCCUAUUCACCGAUGCUGGUUUCUUCCCCCUCGUCUGCUGAUAGGCUUUGUUUCUUCUUUUCCCGUCAAGCAGCAGCGACGUAGCUGCUUCGGACCCUUUUUUCUUUUGUGUCAAGCAGCUCUCUAGUUUAGCUCUUUAGCUGGUUGGACCGAAAAAGCGAAGGGCUAUCAUAUCGGUCUCUGGUUGGUUCCUCUCACGAUGGCAAGACGCAUUCCUUCGAUAAAGUUCCCAAUCCGGUCUCGAGGUCCAACACCAGCGGCAGCACAGGCCUCCCAAAGCACCACCCCUUCGCCUACUAUUGCUCGCCAAUCAACAUCAGCGCCAGCAUCAUCAGGAGCAUCCGCAAAAUCGUCAACACCAGCCACGUCACACGCAUCGUCCACUCCAUCAGUCAGCUCUCCUUUAUCCUCUUCACAAGCAGCUCCGGUAAAAGCACCGUCUGCAGUUUCCGGCACUGGUGUGCAGGUCGUGGGGAAAACGAAUCCCAAGGAGCUGGGGCCACAAGCAGCAAGCUUGCAACCCAGGCGAAGGCCCAUGACCGACGAAGAGAUUGAUCUGAUAGCGAGUGGCGGAGCAGUAUUUUUCUGAAGCACUAGAAGUUUCUACUAAGAGCUCUGAGGAUUUCAGCUGAAUAUGGUAAAUGGCUGAAUCUGCCAUGAGAGCUUUCCUGAGAUCUACCGUCCAUGGUUCAGGGUUCCAGAGACCAGCGCCAGGAGGUGGAGACUUGAUUUCACUGCCAGGAGGAUGGCAGGACAGACAUGAUUUCGCUGUUGGGUGGUGCUGUUGCUGGAGACCGGCAAAUUAGUAGCAAUGGUUCACUGGCAUCGGGUACGAAUUUGGUGGUUACUGCUCUCUAACGUGGGCUGCUGCUAUAAAAUAUUACCGAACUGUACCCUGGCCUGUGCAGGUUUCUAGAUGCAUGGCACUUCCAAGUUUCAACUUCAUUACUGCGCAUAACAGUGCGUGCACUAGAACCUCUUCCUUUACCGGCA